GAUUGCACUUGUAUUUGAUCAUAUUUAAAGUUGUUUAGAGACCAUGCCUUCCGUAAACAAAUCGUAGACGAUAUGAUAUGAACACGUUGUGUAAUAAAAUCUCGAGCAUUUAACGUCAUUCAGAUAUUGGAUAUUUUAUAGAUACUUAAAUCAAUUACCCUGUAUGAUAAAAAUUCACCAGGUGAUAUAUUUCAGAUUUACAAGGCCACAAUCAUGCUGUGAGCUGUGCGACAAUAAUGCUUUGAGCUUUGGGAUAAUAAUGCUGUGAGCUGUUCAACUUAGUAAUAUUGGAUAAUUAGAAAAACAAAUAAUACCCGGCUUCAGAUGGACGGAGCUGAGGCGGUUACCGAAAUACCAGUGUGGUUUACUGGAACUCAGCGCUGGGUGACUGGUUUGACUAAACGAACAACGUGCGAUGAUGUCAUUUAUGCGCUACUCUACAACGACGGAAAACACGAAGACGAAAGAACAGACAAAUAUACAAUUUACGAGAGAUGGCGAGAUGUAGAAAGGCCGUUACAAGGACGAACAAAAAUUCUAAAAAUAUGGAAGGCUUGGGGUGAUGAGCAGAGAAAUGUUCAACUUUCAAUGAGACAUGUUGACGAAUUUGAUGAAUACGGCGAAUUCCUGCACGCUAGGAGGCACCGGCGACGAUCGCGUCACAAAACACGUGAUGGUCAUAACAAUAACCCCAAAGAAAACGCCCAUAAACACAAGUCAUCCGAAAGAUUGAAAUCAAUUGACGAUUUAGCAAAAACAGUGAUAAAACAAGAACGAAAACUACACGAUAUGGGAUAUAGAUUGGAAGGAAUAGAUAAGGAAAUAGAAUUGUACGAAACAAACAUGCAUCAGACUCGAAUGCAAGCAAAUGGUACGGAUUAUGUUCAAGAUGCUUAUUUAAAGGGGGGUUUGGAGGAUAGCAUGGACGAAUUUCUUCGCAAGAUUGGCCCAGAAAGUUUAGAAAUGUAUAUUGAAUUUUGUGAACGAGUUCUUCAAUUAGAAUCCAAAAUCAAAAAGGAGAAUUCUAUAGUUGAGGAAUUAUCGUACCAAAUCAAUGAAGAAACUUCUUUUAAUCAAGCAUUUUGUGGUGACGAUAAUGUUUUUGAGAAGGAGUUCUGUAACAGUGAACUUGAAACGGAGCUAUCAAGUUUACAGGCCGAACUUAAUAGAAUUGUAUCUGCUAAUAUGAUGCAGAAAUAUGAGGCAGCUGAAAUCGCUCGUGAAAUUGACACGUGUGAUAGAGUAUUAUCGGAUAAACAAAAGACCAUUCAAACCCUUCAAAAGGAACUGGAAAUAUUAGACCGGUUUGAAAAUGAAAGCAAAGCUUCGAGUGAUAUGCAAGAAUAUAGGGCAGUAGAUUUACCUUCGAACUCUUCUGCAGACUAUGCAAACAUAGAAACUGUAACAAUGUUGCCUAGUCAGGAUUAUGCUUCAGCACCCGGUGCAUCAGGUCAAACAAUUGAUCCUUUUAAAAAGAGUUUCCUUGACAACGACGAUACAUUUUCGAUCGAUACAGACAAUACAUCUAACGAUUCCCAAUUCGGGUAUAGUAAAGAAAGUACACCUAAAAAUGGACACCGGCGGAAUUGUUUGUUUAUUCCACAUGGCAAAAUGUUUGACGAUAGUUUAAUUAGUGAACGAAUUAAAUCUGAGAUUUAUUCUUAUAAGUCUAGAUCAGAAUGUCACUUAAAAAAUGAUGGUUUUGUUAGUGCUACAGUGAACAAUAAUUCUCGGUCAGACUGUUGUGCCAAAGUUGUUGACGACGAUUCAAAUUCCGACACAGGACUUAGUUCUAUGCAUAGUGACGAUGCCACGACGCCAUACAAUUUUCUAGAAACACUAGUAUAAUUAACAUUGACCGAUGUCUAGACAAAAAUCGCUUAACUAGUUUUCCUGUUUCUUGAAGUUGCACAGCUGAAACGUUCACCACGUACGCGUGAAAAUCUUUUGGGAAAAGGGAUGUGGUGAGAUAAUUAAAUUUUCUGGUACAAAUAUUUGGAUGUUACGACAAUUGUUAGAGUAGCUUGGAACACUUGUGUUUUGACUUGGGAUAAUUUUGCGAAAAAAUAUGUAUUUCCACUUCUGUUGUUUAAAUCAAUUUACAUAUAGGCGGAUAUUUAAUGACUAUGUUUGGUAAUAGGUGAGAUUAUUUUGCUAUUUUUUGGUUUACAUCUAAAAAGGGAUAUAAACGAAAUUUUCUAUGACAAGCAUAGUACCUACAUGUACGUGUCCAUUCACAGUCGUCGCUGACAUUUAAAUUAUAACUGAAAUACAUUUUAACAAUAGUAAUAUGACCAUGGAAAUGCCACAGUUUGAUUCGAAUGUGACAAAUUAUUGAUGUUUGAAAAAUAUAUACAUAUAGAUGCAUAUUAGAUAUAGACGGAAAAUGUUCAAGUUAAGCAUUAAUACUCAUACGUGUAAGCAACGAUUAUAGCAUUCAGUACCUCGCGUUAGCACCAUUUGUGUUCAGUUUUUCAAACUUCCUAACUGAAUGUUUAUUCAUACUGUAAUUCUUCUUUGAAUCUAUCUGUCGUCUCGUUUUUUCUCUCUCUUUCUCCUCCUGUUAUCUUAUCAGAUAUUUAAACUUGUUGAUAUUUGUGCAUAUACAAGAAAUAAAUCGUUUAUACAAAUUA